AUGCUCUGCAGGCUCUGGACCCCGUGGGAAGUCAAACCCGCUGCCGUCGACGCCAAGGUGCGUACCGCACUCUCCAAGACGCUAUCGGCGCUCCACCGGCAGUACGAGCGCAACAGUCCUGUCUUGAUCGUCCAGCGCGUCUACCGAGGGUACCGAGCGCGCAAACACGGCGUCGGAACGCUCCGAAGCAUGCUCGCCGCCGUGCGACGCAUUCAGCGCAACAUUCGAGGCUGGGCCUUUCGCCGCUACCUUUUGAGACAGCUGUGUCUCGUGGUAACCAACCACGGCGACGAAGCCCUCUUGGUCUCGACGCUGCGAAAGCAAAAGCAACGCGCGAUUCCCAAAAUCAUGUCGGUGUGGCUCCGCCGCCGACGCAUCUACCUCCGCAACAAGGCUGCGCUGCGCAUCAAGCAGUUUCUGCGCGCUGCUGUCGCCGCGAUCCAAGCAAUGCGCGCUCGGCUCCUUUCGUCACCGUGGACUUUAGCGAUCGUGUGCACGCCGGCAUCGCUGCCUACGGUUCUUGCCGUCGCCAAGAUUGCCGCCCAUCGCGACCACCACGUAUGGGGUAUCCCUGUCGGCGCACUGGCCAGCCGCGUCGUUGCCGCCGGCCCCCUUGUCGUUCGGCCCGCAGGCUAUCAUUUCCACCACGUUUUUGUGCAGCUGCAGCGUCCACGCCACUUGGCGCGGAGUCCGUGCGUGUUAACCAAGUGCGACGACGUGGCGCUGCUCCAGAGCCAGCUCCACCUCUUGCGCGACGAUGCCGAGCAGCUAUCGACGCUGCAACCGCGAGAAAGCACGCCGCUGCAGCGACAGCACCUUGCGGCUCUUCGCCACGAGGUGGCCCAGCGAAUUCGCCUUCUGGACGCCACGCUUCAGUCGACGAUGCAAGCCCAUGCCGCGCGGCUGACAUCCAAGGCACGGAAGCGAACUGUUCGGAUCCGACCCCGCGGUGUCCAAAAACCCAAGCACGUCACGCCGACGCGGCGCGAUCUGCCGCCGCCGACUACGUACGAGACGCUUCUGACGUUUGUUCCCACGUCGUUUGGCAUGUACUGGCGCAUGCUGUAUUUGCUCCGCCGGUCGCACGGCUUCGACGACACCGUGCUCUGCAUCUACUCGCAGGACGACGUCCGCCGCCUGGCUGCGGCCGCACGCAUUCAGAGCGUCUAUCGGUCGUACCGCACACGCCAGCGCACCCAGUUUGCCGCUGCGUUUCUACAAGCCCGCGCGACACUCUGUCUACAGCGGUGGUGGCGCAACACGCUGUACAUUUACCGGGUGCUCGCUCAAUGGACACAUUGUCUGCAAACGGUGGCAUCGAUCGACUCGAACGUGUUGUAUGUGGAAGAGCGUGUCUUGACACUCUUGCGUGCCCCCGCGAUGCUCGAGAUGGUCAUGUCGGCAUUGCCGACGCGGACGUCGCACCACUGGAGGUUCAAGUUUACGCACAAGGCGCUGCAUAUUCCCAUCACGCUCGAUGAGAGCUUGUCGCGACUGCCCGAAGACGAGCAACAACAAUACCUUAGCACGUUCCUCGUCGACAAUGGACUGCACCGCGUUGGAUUUCCCGUCUGGAUGCCCAGCACACCCUUCCAUGAGAUUGUCGGUCGGGAAGAGAAGCAUGGCUCCAAAGACCAGGCCAGCCACCUCGUUUCUAUUGGCGUCAACGAGGUGCCGGCCAAUGACGUGUUCAUAAAGCCGCUCUUGAGCUCGUGUGAUCCAAAGUUUGGUCAAUUCCAGACAUGCCUCGACGUCGUCGCCGACAGCUACGCGCUGUGGAACCACUCGGAAGCCGAUGCGGUGCCCAUGGCCUGGGGCAAAACGUGCGGUGUGCCCAUGGUCAAGCUCGAGUUUGACUCGGUCCAAGAAGCUCGGCACCGCGCCGUUGUGCUGCUCCUCAAGACAUACGACGCGCGCACGCAGACGUAUGCGCGUCUGUUUACAUACUCGAUGCUGCGGUACCUCUGGCUUGACAAGCCG